AUGUGUAGAGGACUUGUUGGACGGUUGAGAAUAUUGGAUAAAUGCGGAACCCUUCAAGAGAUCCUGUCACAGAUGAAGGAAAGCACUUCGGAACUGGAAUCAUCUCUUCGGAGGAGAGGGUCUUGUGUCAUCGGGAUAGUGGGGUUUGUUAUUCAAUCUUUUGUUGCUGGGAUAGUGGGGUUUCUUAUUCAGUCUUUUGUUACUGUAAGCCUUUACAAAAGGCCUUCGUCUGCAGCAAAUAAGAUUAGGCUUGAGAGACAAAACAUUCUACGCCAAGACUCAGAGGAGGAAGCUGCUCUUAGUAUACUGAAAGAGGUCGAAAUGAUGAGCAUCGACUCAGUGUUCAAGUCCCUCUUGUGUUUCUUAUGGAGGCCGGGGGCGAGAUCCAACAACCGGUCUUUCGUUUCAAAAGUGUUGUCCUCCAAGCAAGUAUUGGGCAAGGGUGCUCCUGAAGUGGAAGACCUGGAUGUCGAAUUGCUUGUUCUGAAGCGUGUAAAGAAAGCAAUAUCCAAAGAAGUGGAGUUAUUAGAGUCGAGCAUCCAAGAAAUAGAGGAAGUUUGUGGAUGCUUCUGGAGAGCUCCAAUGAAAAUUAACGAGAGUUUUCCUUGUCAACAUCAUCAGUUACUGAGACAGUUUUGUAGCUUGUAG